GAGCUUUGACACACACCAAACACCUUCCCCAUAAUCUUAUUCCGCUCAUCCAAUUAGCUCCAAGUCGUCUUCUCCUUCCCCCUUCCCAUCCUCCUUGGAUAUAUAAACGCGCGUAACAGCAAGAUCACACCAGUUCAAACCACCUCCGCAUCCAUCAUUCCAUCCUAGAGCUAGUAGCAAGCAACCACACAGACAAGCAAAUAGUUUGGAGAAUGGCGAUCACCGUGAGCGGGCAAUGGACGCGGCUGCGCACGCUCGGCUGCGGCGCGUCGGGGGCCGUUGUGUCGCUGGCGGCCGACGGCGCCUCUGGGGAGCUGUUCGCGGUCAAGUCCGCCGCGGCGGCGGACGCGGCGCCGCUGAGCCGGGAGCAGGGGAUUCUGUCCGGGCUCUGCUCGCCCAACGUCGUGCGCUGCCUCGGCGGCGCCCACCGCGACGACGGCUCGUACCACCUCUUCCUCGAGCUCGCCCCCGGCGGCUCGCUCGCCGACGAGGUCGCGAGGAACGGAGGCCGCCUCGGGGAGCAAGCAAUACGGGCGUACACCGCAGACGUGCUCCGCGGGCUGGCGUACAUCCACGGCCAAUCUCUCGUGCACGGGGACAUUAAGUCAAGAAACAUUGUGAUCGGCGCCGACGGGCGCGCCAAGCUCGCCGACUUCGGGUGCGCGAGGAUGGUCGACUCUGAUCGGCCUACCGGGGGCACGCCAGCGUUCAUGGCGCCGGAGGUGGCCCGCGGGGAGGAGCAGGGGCCAGCCGCCGACGUUUGGGCCCUCGGCUGCUCGGUCGUUGAGAUGGCCACCGGCCGCGCCCCGUGGAGCGACAUCGACAACGUCCUCGCCGCCGUCCACCGGAUCGGAUACACGGACGCCGUACCCGAGGUGCCGGCGUGGCUCUCGCCUGAGGCGAAGAAUUUCCUUGCCAUCUGCUUCGCGAGAGACGCCCGCGAUCGGUGCACGGCGGCGGAGCUCCUGGAGCAUCCGUUCCUCGCAUUACAAGGAGAGUCCAAAAAGGCUAGGUGGGUGUCUCCCAAGAGCAUACUGGACGCUGCAUUCUGGGAAUUGGAGUCCGACGAGGAAGGCAAUGAGGAUGAGGACGAGAUUUCGGGGAACGCGGCCGAGAGGAUCAAGGCCUUGGCGUGCUCCGCCUCGGCCCUGCCGGACUGGGACUCCGGCGAAGGCUGGAUCGACGUGCUCGGCGGCGAGCAGUCCCAUGAGCCUCGCGAUUCGCCAGCGACCAAGGAGCCGGCUGAUGUGGCGAGCAGAGCGCCAAGCAAAGUAUUCGGGUGCGCGGCGAUGCCAGCUGAAGGCGUAGCUGUCGUCAGUGGCCUUUCAAGUGACGAACAACUGGACGCAGAGGAAGGGCCGCCUUUCGGUGGAGAUAUCCUACCCGACGAUCGUUCCACUGAUCGUCAGAACAAAGUCUGUUCGAACCCAGACAGGGAUGUGCUAUCAUUUGAGAUACCCUGUAAUCGAAUCAACGGAAUAGAAAAGUUUCGUUUUCCACGUACUUUCAUGUCCCAUUUUCUGAUAAAUCCUCUUCAGUUUCUACUUUGUGCUGGACCUGUUCUGAUAAAUGUGAUCUCACUGAAUUUCCAUGCGUGUUUGGGGGAAAAGCAGCACGUGUGCUUUGCGCUUCCUUUCAAUCACAAAGAAUUCAUGUUAAAAUUUACUACGGUAAAAGCAUCUGUAACACAGUCACUUAAACACGCGAACUAA